AUGAUGGAGAUGUUGCCAGUUGACGUAGACAACAUCGUUCUGAAAACAUUUUCAGAAUUUCCCCAUGCAGCAAAGAAGAGACAAGACCUGAAAGAGUGCUUCGAAUUUUAUGAAAGUAAAUUCAAAGAGGUCCUUCGCCAUGUACCCACUAGGUGGUUAAGCUUGUUCAAAGCCCUGGAUAGAGUUUUGUCAUCGUGGGGGCCGUUAAAAAAAUACUUUCUCGAACUAGGCGUCAAUAAUUGUUCACCGGCUAUAUGGGCUAUUAUAAAAGACCAAAAAGAUAAUCCCACAACAGAAACGAACCCAACUUAUACUGAACUCUAUCUAUACUUCACGCACAACUUCAUGGCGUCAUUCCAGGAAGUUUUACUAUUACUGGAAAAUAACGACACAUUAGCUUUUAGUCUACACAGUAUUAUGACACAAUUCCGGGACACAAUAGUGAAAAAAAUUUAUGAUGAACACUUCGGAAUGAAAGUGCGUAUGGCCAUGAAUAAAAAGUACCUAUCGGAUGAAGAAACACAGGAGUUUAAAAAAACACGCCCUGAUUGCUUAUCAACGAGCUGUUGCUUAUUUGGAAAAGUGGUUCCAGUUCGAAAACUCGGUGUUCAGAAGCUUCAGUUGCUUGGACCUUGA